GCGCGAGAAAUAUUCCGCGCAGGCACGAGACGUGCGUCGAUCAUCGCGCGCAUCCCUGCCACACGUGCGAUCGCGCCGAUGACAGUAGCUUGCGCAAGACGCUGCUUCCGGCAGGUUGCUUCUGCGAGCUUGGAGCUACUUGGUUCAUUUCGUUGAGGAAGAGAGCUCACGGAAUAUUAUCGCGUCAUUCGUUCCCCGGGGCGCUGAUAAGCGAUAAAUAGCGCGAGCCUCGAGCGGCACGUCGAGAUUGCGGCGGCCGGGAAUUCCCGGCUGCUCCUCUAGAAUUUUCCUUAUUGUGUCGCACGCCAAUCGUAUGUUGCUCUACGUAAUUAAUGCGAGCCGCAUAUUGCACGUACUGUUGACGAGACUUCUUGUUUUUGUGUGGAGAUUCUCGGUAGCCCGACUCAUGGAAGGUUCCUCAGAGCAGCAUGACUACGUCGAAGGCGUGGUGUGCAAGGAGCAGGAUAUCAACGAAAAUGAGAUGAAAUUGCUGUCGCUCGGGGAUGAAGACAAGAAGAUCCUACUGAUAAAGCAAAAAGGGGAGCUGCACGCGAUCGGUACGAAAUGCACGCAUUACGGCGCUCUGUUGCACACCGGUGCACUAGCAGAGGGUCGGGUGAGGUGUCCGUGGCACGGGGCGUGUUUCAAUAUCAAAACCGGUGAUAUCGAGGAUUAUCCAGGCCUGGAUUCUCUGCCGUGCUACCAGGUACGCGUGGAUGAAGCCGGCCUGGUCCACGUGCGAGCCAAACGCAAAGACCUGGACGUUAACAAGCGCGUGAAGGACAUGUCCGCGUGCGAUCCGCAGAACGUGAAGACGGUCGUGAUAGUCGGCGGUGGGCCGGCGGGUGCGACCUGCGCGGAGAGCCUGCGGCAGGAGGGCUUUACUGGUCGCAUCGUUAUGGUGUGCAGGGAAGACGUUGUGCCCUACGAUCGAAUCAAAGUAUCCAAAGUACUAGACUUCGACGUGCACAAGGCUGCGCUACGGCCGCCCAUGUUCUACAGCGAGCACAACAUCGAAACGAGACUCGGCGUGGAAGCGAUAGGUCUGAACGCGGCUGAGAACGUCGUCCAACUGAGCAACAAGGAGGACCUGAAGUACGAUUACCUGUUCAGCUGCACGGGCAGCAAGCCGAGGAUGCCGACUCUGCCCGGAAGCGAUCUGCCGCAGAUCUUCGUGCUGCGGGACUACACGGACUCGCAGAGCGUGUACUCGCUGCUGUCGCCGGAGAAGCACGUCGUCGUCCUGGGACUGGGCUUCAUCGGCAUGGAGGCGGCGGCUUACUGCGUCGACAAGUGCGCGUCCGUCACGGUGAUCGGCCGCGACACCGUGCCGUUCAAGGCGAUAUUUGGCGCGGACAUCGGUGACAGGAUCAAGAAGGAGCACGAGGCGAAAGGUGUAAGGUUCAUCUUCCAGAACAACAUCAAGCAGUUCAUCGCGAGGGAGGACGAGGAGAACGUUUUGGGUAAGAUUGAGCUGACGGAUGGCCAGAUCCUGCCGGCGGAUGUAGCCGUAAUUGGGAUAGGAUCGACUUUCUACACGGACUGGAUGAAGAACUCGUCCGUUCAAAUGAGGGACGAUGGCACCGUUGUGGUAGACAAGCAUUUAAGGACGAGCGCGGGAAAUGUGUACGCCGGCGGCGACAUAGCUCACGCGCCGAUUUACGGAUCCGACUCGUCGGCGGCGAUAGGUCACUACUCCCUGGCUCACUAUCACGGCAAAAUCGCGGCGCUGAACAUAUGCGGUAAGGAGACUCCUCUGAGGACCGUGCCGUUCUUCUGGACGACUUUGUUCGGCAAGAGUUACAGAUAUGCAGGCCACGGACAAGCCACUCGCAUAAAGAUCCACGGCUCGCUGGACAAGCUGGAGUUCUUCGCUUACCACCUCAACGACGACAGAGUGAUAGCGAUGAGCAGCGCGGGCGCCGAUCCCGUCGUCUCCGAUUUCGCGAAUAUGCUCUAUGAAGGAAAGACACUGACGGAGGAAGAGAUCAACGCUGAUCCGUUCGGUUGGAUGCGAAACAAACCGAAAGACGCGUCGACGCGGUUUCAAGACAGCCUCGUGUCAGACGCGAACUAAGCCUAAAUUGGUUCGGAUGAUUUAACGCUUCGGAGUAAUUACGUCACAGUAUUAGUCCCGGCUUUCAGUUUCUACACACUCUCAAUGUAUCUCAUACAUGUUAGACCAAGUUAUGUAAUAUAUAUUUUACUAUAUG